AAGACUAUUUUUGAAAACAAUAAAAAUUAACAAUGGAAAUCGUUACAGUAUUACUAAUAACAGUAUUCGUUUGCUUCGUUGUUGCAAAUAUCAGCAAAUAUAAUCCGAGCAUUGAUGAAACCCCAAUAGAUGUCAAAAAUAAGACUAAAUCAGUCCUAAAAGAAUUGAAAAAACUCGACUACAAUUUCAAGACCAACAUUCAAAUGGAAUCAACAGCAGGCAAUAAUGUCCACAUAAAUAUAGUUGACCCAUGUGACCCAGCAGAUAACGACAAACGUAAAACCUGCGACAUGAAUGACCCCAAUUCCUGCAAGUCGUGUCCCUACACCACUUGCACCCAUUUUGAAUCCAAAGCAUCGAUCAAUGGUAUUACAAUUCCCGAAAAUCUCAAUAAAGAUCUUGGGUACUGCAUUUCAUCUACUGAUAUGUCAGAAGGUUGCAAUAAAUAUCACGGCGAUUGGGUUAUGAUAAAAGCAUCCGCUACCAUCAAAGACAACAGUAACGCCAAUGACUACAUCCGUUUUUGUCUUUGCAAAAAACCCGGAUUCAUUGGCAACCGUUCACUGUUUGGUAACUGCAGCACUCCAUUUAUCUGCGACGGUGAGGUUGAAGAUAUUAAUACUGAGUAUAAAUCCAUUAAGUGUAAAUGUUUUGACGAAUAUAAAUCAGUAACAGUUGGUGAUGAUGGUCGUAUUUGCAAAGCUCCAACCGUUCGGGAACGUUCGAAUUGGUUAACUGUUCCAAAGCCAUUAAAAUUGAAGGAUACUUUCAUAAAAGUUGAUGAUUAUUAUAACAACAAUAUAAAGGGUGAUAUUAAUAAAGCUGAUGAAUUGAUUGAUCCCUGUAGUAUUUGUCCGAUAACUGGUAAUCGAACUUACGGUAAAUCGAUAACUAUUGAGAAUCCAAAUCCAGCAAAGACUACAGUCAUAUGUAGACCCAGUAAUAAUAAUCCAACCCAAGAAGGCAAUUAUGGAAUCCCAGUAAGAAGGGAAUUCAGCGGAGGUAAACGUUUGCUAAAAGGAACUUGGGGUCCUGACGCGAUGCUAGCGAUACAGUGGGAUGAGUUAUGGAUCUACAACAGUGACGGUGAAGACGGACAUGAAGACAUGAGACAAAUAUGCGUAUUUAAAUUUUCUUUUAAUGAGUACAAUAGCGCCUUUUAUAAAAAAUUCAAAAUUUCUGAGAAACAAUGUUGUGCUAUUGAAUCAGGUAAAGAUGCAUUUCUUGGUCUAACGGUAUUACCAAAAUCAUCAUUUAUGACAGCCAUUAAAAUAAACUGUUGGGCAAAACCAUCCGGAUUUGGUUGGGAGUGCGUUUUGUCACAUGAGUCUAGAAUAGGGACGAUUCCUGCAGAUGUUUUAGAUAUUCAACUGAUAAAUAAUAAUCUGCACGAGGUAGUCUCUACGUACAUUGGAUUCACACAAGUAAAACCGGGAUGGAAUUCUGCCAAUUUGGAUGAUUGGUACAAUAUGCAUCAAGUAAGAAUUCCCUUUAGUACAGCGGUUAUUAAAUUUGAUGAUAUUGAAUAUGGGUAUUUAACUUACAAUGAUUCAUUCUUUAAAGAGAAGGUACUAAAACAAUUGAACUUUGGCGCAAUGAAAAUUACUGCAGUAACGAAUACUCAGCGUACUUUCAGCAGUUGGACUGGUCAUAGAUCCGGUACAAGACAUUAUGAAGCAUACUUUGUUUCUGUUAGUAACGAUGACUAUAACGCUAUAUCUGUUAUAAGAAGGCAAUAACUUUUCACAACAGAAUAAUUAUUAUCUAUUAAGUUUUGUGUAAUUACUUAUUGGAAUUAUUAAAUG